AUGUCAGAUUUUAGUGAUACUAGUUGUCUCUCAAGAAUUAUUUACACGCCAUUCAUUAUGGCAUGUGGCGAAAAUUCAAUAAUUAUUACUGGAAAUUUCGAAGAUAUUUUAUCAAAUGAUGUUGAUAUAAAAUUAUUUCAAAUUUCAAAAUAUUUGAAUUCAAUUUCUUUAAACUUUUUCAUAUCGAAUUUAUUUUUAUUACAGGCAUUUUGUAAUUAUUUAAUUGAACAAUUAUCUCAUAAAAAAUUUUCAAGUGUUUGGGAACAUCAGGGUUUUACGAUACUGGCGAUCCUACUCAUACCGCUGUUACCAAUACUUGAAUUUGUGUUAACAGAACAUGUUGAUAAUAACAGUUUAUUAAUAGGCAAAGAGAUCAUUUUAGGAUUAAUUUUUGGAGGAUUAAUAUUCAUUAUAACGUUAUUAAACAUAAGAAUAAACAUAAAGCUUAAUAGAUUAAUUAAAAACAAUCAAUUUUCAAGAAACAUUGUUAUGAAUCAAGGAAAAUUAAUAUAUUUUCAAGAUUUAAAUCUUUGGUUGAUCAUUAGUUUAUCAAUUUUAUCAGCAAGUUAUAUAACAUAUAAUAUAGUUUAUAGGUUAAAUUUGAUCACAGACAAUAAACUUUUGAACUCUUCCAAAUCAAAAAGACAAAUCUCUGAACCAAUUGAUACAACAAAAGAUUUUGAUAGUACUGUUAUAGCAUUAGGCACUCCUAAACAUUAUGCUGAAAGCACUAUAAGGAGUAAACAGAUCAUAGUUGAAAUGAGACAAGAUGUUAUUGUGGAUGCUAGAGAAUUUGAUGAUAAUGACAGUGCAAGAACUCCUUUCAGACCUUUUUCCCCCGCUUCUCAUUCUUUGUCUUCAUCUAGUUUGAAUAAUUAUCCUAACAAGUCAUUGAAAAAUAAUCAACAACAAAAUAAUAACAGUAAAAAUAAUAAUGGUGAUAAUGUCACCAUCGCCACUGCCACUACUCCUAGAUCAAGUAAUUAUAGUAAUGCUACUACUCCUAGAUCAAGUAAUUAUAGUAAUACUGCUACUAGAUUAAGUAAUUAUAAUAAUAAUGAUUAUGGUGUUAGAUUAGGUGGAGGUAAAUUUAAUCAUACUAUUCAUGGAAGUUCUGGAUUAUCUCAAGAGCAUUCAAUUAUAAAAGAAGAAGAAUCAGAAUAUAAUAAUUGCAAUGAUACAUCUUCAAGUAUUUAUAGUUCAGAUAUUAGAAUUGGAUCAAAUCUGCAAUUAACAGUUGGUGAUAAUAAGCAACAAAAUUAUCAAGUGGCACAAGUUUAUCAAGAACAAUCAAUACAGCCAAUAUAUCAAGAACAACCAAUACAACCAACAUAUCAAGAACAACCAAUACAGUCAACAUAUCAAGAACAGCCAAUACAACAAAUAUAUCAAGAACAACCAGUAUUGACAUAUCAAGAUCAAGAGGAUCAAAGUUAUCAAUUGCAACAACCACAAAUCUAUCAUCAUCAAAUUUAUUAUGAAGAAGAUAAUAAUAAUUCGGCUCCUCAAUUAAAUCCUCAUACAAACAAUAAUGAUGAUAACAAUGCACUAUAUCAAUAUCAAAGAAGCUCAUUCUAA